GCGGAGCUGAGCAAAGAGAAAGGAAGCAGGCUGAUCCGAAGGGGUUGUGACAACCCCAGCAAUGUGGAAAAGCCUGGGGCUUGCCCUGGCUCUCUGUCUUCUCCCAUGGGGAAGAACAGAGAGCCAGGGACAAAGCUCUUUUUGUAAGCAGCCUCCAGCCUGGAGCAUAAGGGAUCAAAAUCCAAUGCUAAACUCAAGUGGUUCCGUGACCGUGGUUGCUCUUCUUCAAGCCAGCUGAUACCUGUGCAUCCUGCAGGCAUCCAGAUUGGAAGACCUGAGAGUAAAACUGGAGCAAGCAGGAUAUUUGAACAUCUCUUAUGUUGUUGUUAAUCAUCAAGGACUCUCUUCUCGAUUAAAAUACAUGCAUCUUAAAAAUAAGGUUUCAGAACAUAUUCCUGUUUAUCAACAAGAAGAAAACGAAACAGAUGUCUGGACUCUCUUAAAUGGGAAGAAAGAUGACUUCUUCGUAUAUGACAGAUGUGGCCGUCUUGUAUACCAUCUUGGUUUGCCUUACUCCUUCCUAACUUUCCCAUAUGUAGAAGAAGCCAUUAAGAUCGCUUACUGUGAAAAGAAAUGUGGAAACUGCUCUCUCAUGACACCGGAAGAUGAGGACUUCUGUAAAAUUGUAUCUUCAGCUACCGUGGGAAAUACAACUGAGGCUCCACAGCCACAUCACCACCACGACCAUCACCACCAUCAUCACCAUCAUAAUCAUGAGCAUGGGCAUCAGCAUCAUGGGAAUGGUGAACUUGCAGAGAACCAGCAACCAGAAACACCAGAUGUCCCUGGGCACCCCUCUUCUCAAGUCCCUCAUAACCACCACAAGCACAAGGACCACCAAAGACAGGGCCAUCCAGAGGACUGAGAUAUGCCAGCAGGCAGUGAAAGUUUACAACUUUCUGUCCCACCAAAGAAGCUCUGACGAAAGGGAUGUAUAAAUCAAUUACACUGCAAAUUGCCCAAAGAUUCAGAGUUGGCUCCUAGCAGCUGAUGCUGACACUGACGACAUCUGAUAUUUGAAAAAACAGGGUCUGCAAUCACCUGACAAUGUAAAGAAAACCUCCCCUCUUUAUGUAGCUGACAGGGACUCUGGGCGGAGGAGAACGUCAUUGAAUCUUGACAGUGACGUUUACCUCCUGCUGCCUGACACGCAAUUCAGCAGCCCAAGCCCACAGAGGCCAGCACCAAUUGAAGCUGAGAAAAUAAGGCCAAAAUGUGA